AUGCUGUGGGCUGCUCAUCAGCCUGAAAGCUAUAAAAUAUUCCCCCACAGCGUGGUAGCUGUAAAGGACACAGACUCAGUACAGAUCAGCUGUUCUUUAUUGUCCCCAUUCUGGAGAGCUACAGCUUUUAUGGAAACCCUGAAUAAGCAUCUGGAAUACCUUGGGCUUUGUGGAGAUGACACAGAAGCUGAAGAUCAGAUCCUUGAAAGUUUGAAUGGGAUUCUCCUGGCUAUUACUGAAGAUAAGCAGAGAUCCUUCCACCUACUCAGAGGGAGUGGGAUCUUCCCAACUUUGGCAAAAAUCCUGAAGGGCAAUCCACGAUGUGCAGUGAAAGCAGCCCACGUGCUCUCAGAGAUAGCCAAAAAUGAGGAAAUGAAGAAACCCUGUAUUGAAGCAGAUUUGGUUCUAACACUGAUACCUUUGCUGGAGAGCACAGACCAAGAAAUGCUGCUGCACGCUGGGAGGGCCAUUGGCCGUAUCUGUUACGAUAACCGCAGCCUUCAGGAAGAGCUGGUGAAGGUUGGAGUGAUUCCAUCCCUGGUCCGAAUAUUGACUGACUAUGCAGAGAGUGAACCACUUGUCCACGUUGCUCUAUUGGCCUUGUAUAAUCUGGCAGACCUUGAUUCAGCCAAGGAAGCUCUAAGCAUGACAAAAGUUGCUGAACAACUGGUGAAACAACUGAGGAGAGCAGAGAGCCACGAGAGGUUAGAAAUUGUCUUUGAGGUCCUUCAAGCACUUGCAGAAAAUGAUACUCUGAAAGUGCAGUUGGUGGAUGCAGGUGUGCCAGAGGUGCUGUCCGAGAUCCUGCUGAGGCUCCAAGGCAGUUCCCAGGCUGAAGAUACAUGCAUUGUGAAGGCUGCAUCAGAUCUCAUUGUCUCUCUGCUCCUUGGAGACGGGAACUGCCUGCGGCUGUUCCAGCUGGGGGUCAUCCACCAGCUCCUGGACCUGCUGGAGAAGCACGUGCGGAGCGGGGACACCUCUGUCCAACAGGCUGCACUCAGCGCCCUGCAGAGCCUCGCUGUUCCAGUGGUCAGCAAGGUUCAGAUGCUGGAGGAAGGUGUUGCAGAGCGGAUCGAGGCGCUGCUAAGGUCAGAGAGCCCUCCUGUGCAGUUUAAACUCCUCGGGACAUUACGGACCUUAGCAGAUGGUCAAGCUGACGCAGCCGAACUCCUGGGCCAAGACCCGCUGCUGCUCAGCAGGCUGGUGCAGUGGUGCAGUGAGAGCGACCACUGCGGCAUCUGCGGAGAGGCCAACCGGCUGCUGGCAUCCAUCCUGCACCACAACAGAUCCCAGGAAGUGGUCAAAGCCAUCCAGGCAGCACAAGGAGUGAAGCAUCUGGUUUCCAUGACAACAAGUGAACAUGCUGCCAUGCAGAAUGAGGCUCUGAAUGCCUUGGCAAUAGCAUCUGCCAUUGAUUUAGAAACUCUUGAAGAAUCUUUUAAAGAAUCACAGCUAGUUCAAAGCUUACACAAACUUCUACGAGAUGAUAACACAAGUCCUGAGGUGAAAUACAAUUCAAUGGGCCUUUUGUGCAGACUUCUUAAUUCAGGUGAUCUGAGACAAGAAAUAGAAGAGGACAAGAUCAAAGACACCCUCGAGCAACUCUGCAGUCACAGCAACGCAGAUGUGGUCAAGGAAGCCAUCACAACAUUACAGGUUUUGAGAGGAGAGACACCCUACUAACCUCCCUUCUCCCACAUGGCAAGCCAACACAGCUGCUGAG